AUGUUAGAAAAUUUAUUAAAAUGUCCUAAUUUAAGAAGGAUCUGUUUUUGUGAUUCAAAUUUAUAUAAAAGUCAGAAUUUAAGUAAAGUUGUUUUUCCUAAUCUUUUAGACUUGGAAAUUAUUAACUGUAAUGUUUUUUCAUCGGAUGAUUUAUCAUCACCUAUCAUACCUUUUCUUAUUCAUAACGGAAAGAAAAUUAUGAACAUUCGAUUAUCAUCAAUUUCUGGUGAUCAAAUUGGAUUUCUUUUAAAAAUUUCUAAAAAAUAUUGUUCAAACCUUGUAACAUUAUCUGUGGAUAUACAAGAUGAACCCGAAUUAGAAAUUUUUAGUAAAGUUCUUAAAAGGUGUCGUAGUCUAAAGGUUGUCGAUUUUGGAAACAAAUGUAAAUGGCAAUAUUUUGUUAAUAAAAAUAUUCUUUACCUUAACAAUAUUAGCCCAAGAAAUCUUAGAAAGUUGAGAGUAAGGUACUGGAAAGUAGAUAUAGAUGUUUUUAAGGAGUUCUUUGAAAAUUAUGGUACUUUCCUAAAUGAAUUUGAAUGUUCAUGCACAGGAGAAGAAUCUGAUAUCAGAACAUUAGUAAUAAAUUUAGUGAAAGGAAUGAAUAGAAAUUUA